AUGAACACUGAUAAAGAACAAUACAGACUUAAGAAUUUCUAUAAUUUUACUAAUACUUAUUCUGAAGAUGAUAUUUUAAACUGUUUUACUAUUAAAGCUGGAACUAUUAAAGCUGCUUCUACUAAAAUAAAUAAUAAAGAAUGCAGAAAAGAAUUAAUCGCUAUGGACAUUGAAACAAGAGAUUUAUAUUUUCAUUACAAAGCAAAAUUGGAAGCUCAAUUAAAAAGAAUGGAAGAUAACAAGAAAAGUACUAUUAAAUUAGAACAACCAUUUUUAUCAAAAGUUUUCAAUAAAUUAAACAAAACCGAUAAACAAACUUUUGGUUUAAUUAAUAAAAAAGCAACAUUAAUCAAAGAUUUAGAUGAAGAAAAAAUUCAAAAAGAACUUGACAAAAAGAAUUUAGAAUGGAGUUUAAAUAAUAUUUCUUUUGAUGAUAUUGAAGAUAAUGAUGAUUUAAUGAGAGAAGAUAUGUAUAAAAAAUUUGAAGAAGAAUUAAGAAUUAACGCUGAAAGGAAGAAUUAUUUUAAAGAAUUGAAAGAAAAAGAACAAUAUGAAAACAAUAUGAAAGAAUAUAAAGAUAUGAUUGAAGAAAUUGAAGAUCAUACUGAAAUUAAUACUAAAGUAACUUAUGAUAGAGUUAAUAAAAUAAUUAAAGCAGAUUUUAGAUGUGGUUUUAGAGAAAAAUUAAAAAGAAUUCAAUUAGUGAGAGAGUAUUUUAUCGAUUUAAUUAAAUCAGUUCCUUCUACCACUGAAAUAGUUUAUAAAUAUUUACUUAGUCAAGAUGGAUGGAAAACUUAUAUGUUAAAUACCAAAGACGCCAUUGAUGAAUUUCUUAAUUCUGUUUCUGAAGAAUCCAUGUGUUUUAUCAAUAAACAAGAAGUAAAUGAUUCUAUAGAUUCUACUUUUUAUGUUCAACAAACUAUUCCAGAACCAUUAUUCAUAUUAGAAUUAAAAAUAUCUCCAUAUCAUUAUACUGAAGAUCUUAUUCAUCAAUACAAAACUACUGGCGGAAGCUUUUUCCCUUAUCAUUAUAAACCAGAAUUUGAAAUAUUUGGUCAAUAUCUUGCUAAAGCACAAAUAUUCAGUUCAUUGAUUGAUGAAAAUGGAAAGGUUAGAUCAGAAUUUGAUUUAAAUUGUUUCACUUAUGCUUUAAAACAAGCUAAUGUCGAUGAUGAAACUUUAGAAUUAGUAUUAAUUCAUUGUAGAGGUCGUUAUCAAAAAGCUAAAAUGUUAGAUGAAUUAUGUAAAUCGGCUCAUAUUCGAAUUAGAAUUGAUAGAGAAUGUACUGACAAUAAUAAAAAACAUGAUAAAAACCGUAAAAUAGAUUAUUAUGGUUGUGAACUUAAAGAUGCCAAAUAUAAUUUAGAAAUGUUUUUAUAUAGAGAUUCUUUAAUGAAAGGCGAUCAUUAUAUUUUGAAUAUUGAUAUUCCAAUUACUCCAUUUUAUCUCAAAAAUAGAGAAGAAAUUAAUAAUUGGACUAUUACUCAUAAUAAAAGUAUAAAAUCAAUGUUUAAUAAACAACGUUAUAAUAAAAAUAAACAAUGUUAUGAAGUUAAACCAGGUGCUAAAACUACUAUCAAAUUAUCAGAUCUUAUUUUAUAUAUUAGAGAUCAUAAUGGAUUUGAACCUUAUUCUCUUUCUGAUGUUUUACAUUUGAAAUCUGAUUUAUCUGAAUAUGUAUUACAAUCAUUAAAUACACUUGAAUAUCUUCCUUUCGAAACAAGAAAAAUUGAAAUCAAAGAAAAUAAACGAAAAGAAGUAAAUCAUUCUUAUUGGUAUGCUGAUUUUGAAGCUAGUACUCAAGGUUAUCAUAAUCCAUAUCGUGUUUGUUAUUCUAAAAGAGGUGAAGAUAAAAUUUAUAAUAAAUAUGGAAAAGAUUGUGCUUAUGAUUUCUUAUGUGAUUUACCUCAUAAUGCUGUUUGUUAUUUUCAUAAUCUUAAAUAUGAUGGUUCAUUCCUUGCUAAAUAUGGUGUUAAUAGAUGUAUUAAGAAGGGUGGUAAAAUUAUGCAAAUGACUCUUAAAUUUAAAGGUAAACAAUUAACUUUCAAAGAUAGUUUAGCAUUGAUUACAGCUCCAUUAUCAGCUUUUCCUAAGAUGUUUGGUUUAUCUAAUAUUCAGAAAGAAAUUUAUCCAUAUAACUAUUAUAGUAAAGAUAAUAUUAUUCACAAUAUUGGGAAUAUUUUAGAAGCUGAUUUAUAUGAAACUAAACAAUGGAAUAAAGAUCAAUUUGAUUUAUUUAUCAAUAAUAUUGAUUCAAUUGAAGAUUGUCGAAUUGAUGAUUUUCAUUUCAACAUGGAGCUUUAUUGUAAGUUUUAUUGUAAUCAAGAUGUAAGAAUCUUAAAACAAGGUCAUUCCAAAUUUAGAGAUAUGUGUUUAGAAUAUUUAAAUAUUGAUAUUGAUAAAGUAAUUUCAGCAGCUAGUCUAGCUAAUACUUACUUCAAACAUAAUGUAUAUUCAAAAAUAAAUAAUUUGAAAGAAUAUUCUGGUAAAGUUAGAGAAUUUAUACAAGGAGCUAUUUAUGGAGGUAGAUGUAUGACUAGAGAUAAUAAAAAGUGGUAUGUAAAUGAUGAAUUAUAUGAUUAUGAUGCUUGUUCAUUAUAUCCUUCAGCUAUUAAUAGAUUAAAAUUAGCAACUG